CUUUCCUUUUGAUUGGUUGGAAGGGGAAUGGGGCUACACCUGGCUAAUAUUUAAAGCUCAGGCAGAGCAGGUAAAAGAUAGUAGCAGUGUAUUCUUUUUUGGAGCCAAGCUGAGGCAUAGCUACAAUGGAAUCUCAAAUGGUCUUCUCCCACUUGAACAUGAAGGCUGGUGAACUUGUCCAAGUGAAGGGGAAACUGACUGCAGAGGCCAAGAGCUUUACCCUUAAGCUGGGCCGGGAUUGUUCUGAUCUGAUGCUAUACUUUAACCCUCGAUUUGAGAGUGAUGGAGAGGCCAAGACGAUUGUGUGUAACUCCAUGACAAGUGGAAAAUGGGGUGAGGAGAAACGAGAGUCGGCAUUCCCCUUCCGGCAGGGAGAGGAGGUCAAGCUCUGCCUCUCCUUUGAUGCCAAGGAAGUAACAGUGAAGGUGCAUGAAGAUCAGGUGAUCAAGUUCCCCAACCGAUUAGGGCUGGAGUCUGCAGAAUUCCUCUCUGUGGCUGGAGACUUCAAGAUGACAUCCCUCAAGUUUGAAUGAACUCAGCCACGACCGUCUACUGUGCCCCUCUCGGGCAAAAGGGCUGAUGCGGGGUCUCUCCCCCUCCCUGUAAGAAGAACCUUCCCAUGCAGCUCGAAGACCCAGCUCCCAAAGGCAUGGUCCUUUUGGUUGAGCCAUAGGUAGCUCAAGCUGUGUCUGGGCGGGGUCAUCCAUUGGUGGUCCUGCCCCAACACAGAUUGACCAAGGCCCACUGUUUAACCUGGCCGUGCAGGCCUGGCUGGUUGCCGCUUUUUGGAGCCGAGAAGGAAUUUUCCCCUGGGAGGUCUCUCGGUCCCCAGGUUUUUUGCCUUCUCUGCACGGCCUUCCUCUUGAGCUCUGCAAGCGCUUUGGCUUGCCGCUGAAGAAGAGUCAACCAGUGUUCCUUUCCCCCUCCCACCCCUCCCCAAAUAAAAUAUAAAUCGAUUUGAA